GCUUUGUCCAUGCAAGUCUUUGACAACAGCUUUCGUUUCGGGUCGUCGACAAAAGGACUAUUCCCAAAUAGUUGCCGCCUUUAGGACAACUACAUUGUAUGAAACACCUUCGAUGCUGCUUUAUCAGCGACCCCCUGUCCGCGUUCAGCCUGAUGUGCGGGGAAGUCGACGACCACGACCGUAAUUUUAGGCACCCUAUUUCCCAUCAAGGUUCAUGUCUUGAUACUAGUGCCGGUGGAGUCACAGUCGUACCACACAAUCUGAUACUAACAGGUAUUGCCGGUCAGCCUUACCCUUCGUGUGCUGGUCAAUAGUAUCAAGCGCCAGCUGCCCCUUUGAUCUGCCUUCGUUUGGCAAUUGUGUCGCGAGCAUGGCGGAAGGAACGCUUACUCUCCCGGAUGGCCGUACCAUAGCAUGGAUGGAUUACAAUGACUCCCUGGAAGACACCAAGCAACCAGCCAUGUUCUACUUUCAUGGGUUUCCAGGCUCUCGUUUGGAAGGCAACCUCCUCGCCCCAACCGCAAAAGCACACUGCACGCGCGUCAUCUCAAUGGACCGGCCAGGCAUGGGUCUAUCAACAUUCCAACCCGACCGGACACUGCUUGACUGGCCGAAAGACGUGCUAGCUGUGGCCGACCAUCUGCGCAUCCAGAAAUUCUACGUGCUAGGCUGUUCAGGCGGUUCACCUUAUGCAUUUGCUUGCAUCCAUACAAUCCCACGCGACCGACUACUCGGCGCUGCUGUCGUUGCGGGCUUGUACCCGGCAGGCCUCGGCACAGCGGGUAUGACCAUGGGAAAUCGCGUGUUGCUGUGGACAGCGUCUUCUGAGUGGAUCGGAGGCUGGACAGGGCCGUUGAUGGACAUGAUGAUUGGACGAGUAGCUCGCGACUACGAUCAUCCGGAACGUCUGAAGGAGUGGUUUGUUAAAGAGAUGAAGAGCAAGCCCGCGCCUGAUGCGGCGUGCGUGGAAGAUGAAUCGGUGACGGAUAAGAUCGUGGAGGCUACAAGGGAGAGUUUCCGGCAAGGUGGAGAGGGCGUGGCAUUGGAUAUCAAGUUGAUUGCGAAAGAUUGGGGUUUCGAGCUGCAGGACCUUAAGACUGAUGGGCUGGGGAUGUAUCUCUGGCACGGCGGGCAAGAUGUCAAUGUGCCGCUGCAGAUGGCGAAGAAGGCUGCGAGGUUGAUGGGUGGAGUGGAGUUGAAAGUGCUGGAGCAUGAGGCUCACCUUAGCGCGUCAUUGAAGCAUCAAGAUGAAAUAUUGAUGGCACUGUUGGGGAAGAAUUGAAGGUAUCCGCAGUCUUCGGCGUUCGAAGGAAGAUCAUAGAAUGGGCAUGCAUAGGUUGAUAUU